CAAUGAUUUCAUUAACAUGAUGCCCAACAUGAGCAGUGCAACUGGAAUUUACCAUCUCUGACAUCUCUGGAUUUAUUUCCCCAUUCGGAUUUAACGUCUUAUAAACUUUGACUUUUGUUCGUAUUGGACAUGGAAACCUGUUGAAUUUUCUUCAGAAAAGACAAUGUUGAUCAAAAAGAUUGAAGCCAAGGAGGCCUGUGAUUGGCUGCGAGCCGCUGGCUUCCCUCAGUAUGUUCAGUUAUUUAAAGACUGCAGGUUCCCCAUUGAUACUGAGACUGCAAAAGAAGAUCACAGCUUCCUGGAUAAAGAUUCUCUCGAUUCACUAUGCAGGCGGCUGAUGACCUUAAAUAAGUGCAUUGAAAUGAAGCUGGAACUUUGGAGAUCCAAACACAGGGGAGAAGACUGGGAAGAGGAGGACCAUUGCGCCAUCAGCCCAAACUGGACCUACAACAAGAGAACCCAACAGUGGCGGCGCAUGAACUCCUCUGAGGAGACUCCCUGUGACCAUCAGGACGUCUGCUCUGUCCACAGCUCCAGCAGCACAGACAGCGAGCAUCACGAUGCUCACAGGAAAGUGGUCUCAACGAGCCGGAGCUCCUCCCGCUGCUCCUCUGCCAACAGAAUGCCAUCGCUGGACACGUCCUACAGCGGACCUCCAUCACCCAACGGAGGCUCGUCCACUGUAAGUCUGGAAGCAGAGGUGUGCUUCAGAGAAAAACCACCGAGGAAGAAGUGCACCACUCUGCUGAGGAAGAUGGAGAAGCUGAGGUUGAGGGGGGCAGCAGGCGGCCACCUUAGGACUCGCCGUGACGUCAGUGGGCCAGUUCUGGUCCGACACAGAGAGAGGAUGUACAGGCAGCUUCACAUGUCAAAUCUGCAGGUCCAGCCUAGCAGCCACUCAUCUUCAUCGCCCUCAUCUUCUCACACCAUGAGCAGCGGGAGCAGCAGCACCAGCCAAUCAGAAAACAGCAGCACCGUUAGCACGCCCAGCCCCGUCACCAGGGUCAGAGCCAAUUGCAGACGCUCCAACAGCGGAGUUGGGAUGCAAAGUGACCAGAACCAGACGGAUUCCGAGGUCUUUGAGAACCAGGUCAACAACAAUAACAGCAGCAGCCAUGAGCGACUGGUCUUCCAGGUCCCCCAUGGACAUAAACCAGGGACUUUCCCCACCUCCCUCGCCCACAAACACAUCCUCUCCCCAAUCAUCGACAGCAACUCUGUCAACUGGCGGACUGGCAGUUUCCAUGGCUACCGGGCGCGGCACGGGAGCAGACGGGGCGGAUCGUCUCUAGCUGGUGGAGACCAAAGUCCAGCGUCUUCCUCGACAUCCUCGGGACGUACCGGCACGCUGGAUCAUCGGCUCAGUGUCUAUGACAACGUGCCCCAUGACGUACAGCUGUCUGAGGGGGAAGGUGGUGGAAGCGGAAGUGAUGCGGAAAGAAUCAGUGAGGAAUCAGAGGUGAGUCCGCUGCUGGCAGGUGAAGAUGUUUUCUCUGCUCUUGAUGGUGUUCUGGAGCGAAUCAGUGACCUCCAACAGCUUGUCGUCUCCUGGUCGGAAAACAUCUCGGAGGACGAUUGUCAGAGAGGUUCUUCCUCUUCCUCACAUGACUCACCAGCCCACGGAUCCCCCUGCCCCACCUCCCCCAACCACAUCCACCUGGAGGUGCAGCUUCCAGAGGAGGAGGAAGGAGAGGAAGAGGACUGCUAUGAGAAAGUAACUGAUGUGUCAGAGAUGAGUGGAUCACCACAAUCCAAGAGAAGGGUGAGCCGGUCCAGGCAGCAGAACCGGGCCUACCUGACCUCCAGUCCGGGUCUGGAGAUCCGGUCCGCAUCCCAGAUCCUCCGGCUCCAGAAGCUGUCUCUGCUCAAACUCACCGCACUGAUGGACAAAUAUUCUCCGUCCAGCAAGCAGGGAUGGAGCUGGACUGUUCCCAAAACUCUGACGAAGACCAAGAUGACAACAGAGGUGAAAGGUCGGCAGGUGUUCGGGGUUCCUCUGCUUGUCAGUGUCCAGCAGACAGGAGAACCACUUCCUCCCUGCAUCCUCAGAGCACUGGUCUACCUGAGGACUGAGUGUUUGGACCAGUUGGGUCUUUUCCGGAAGCCUGGGGUGAAGUCUCGUAUCCAGUACCUGCGUGAAAUGAUUGAGUUGGAUCCAGACAGAUUUUCGUUCGAGGGUCAGUCAGCCUUCGACGUUGCCGACAUGGUGAAGCAGUACUUCAGAGACCUACCUGAACCCAUAUUCACCAGCAAACUCUGUGAAACCUUCCUCCACAUUUACCAAUACUUUCCGAAGGACCACCAGCUGGUUGCGGCUCAGGCGGCCAUAUUGCUCCUUCCUGAUGAGAACAGGGAGGCUCUGCGGACGCUACUGUUCUUCCUGCGAGACGUCGCAGCCUGUGUGGAUGAGAAUCAGAUGACCCCCACCAAUGUGGCCGUCUGCCUGGCGCCGUCUCUCUUCCACCUCAACACCAUAAAGAGGGAGUGCAACGCAGCCAGAUCGGGUCACAGGAAGUACAGUCUGGGUCGACCGGACCAGCGUGACCUCAGUGAGAACCUCGCUGCCACUCAGGGACUAUCCGUCAUGAUUACAGAGGCACACAGACUUUUCCAGCUUCCAGAGUUUUGGCCUGGACAGAGUUUAAUAGAGGAUUGGUCUGAAGGAGGCGAUGAAGAUCUGGAGGAGAGAAGAAACUGUCUGCAGCAGAGAACACAGCAGCUGCUGAGUGAUGCUCAGGAGAAGAGCGGAGGCUGGGAGAACCAUCUGGCCCCGCAGGACGUGGAGCUGGCCUACAAGAAGAUGAGUGACGGCUGCCCGCUGUGGACAUGGCGAGGCUGCGUGGAAGUGGCCGCUCCGCAGAAGGAGCUGCUGCACCGGCUGCUGAGGGAGCAGCCGCUGUGGGAGGCAAAUCUGCGGCGGGCUGCCGUCGUCCGCGCUCUUUCCAAGGACUCCGAGGUGUACCGCUACACGCUGCAGGGCCGGGGCCACGCACUGGGCUCGCAGCACCCGCAGGAGGCCCUGCUGCUCAGAACCUGGCAAGCAGAUUCGUCCUGUGGGCCUGUGUACCUGUCCUCCAUGUCGACUGAGGUCCCUGAGGUCCAAGCAGACGGAGUCAGGGUCCAGGUCCACUGCUGCCUUUACCUGCUGGAGCCCACAGGGGCCAUCAGGACCCGACUGACUCACCUCUGUCGCACUGACACCAGGGGACGGUCUCCGGACUGGCACAGGAAGGUCAGCGGACACCUCCUGGUUUCGGUGAAGAAGAGGAACUGGAGGCAUCCAAGUGCCUCCAGUUUCAGGACACAGAGUAACAACAUUCCCCUGAAAUGUUUUGGAGGUUGCUGAAACCACUUCCUGGAGGCAAAGGAAGAAGCAGGGGAAAUACCUCAGCUGUCUGGACAAAGACAGGAAAUGAGGACAAAUAACAGCAGGAAACAGACAUUUAGUCCCCCAGAUGUUUGGCUUCAGGGGAAUUGAACCAACAACCACAACAAACAGCAGAGCUAAGAGACUCAAAAGAAAGAAAAGUGACAGUGUUGAUCACCAGUGAAGAAGAAAACCUCAGUGUUUGGUGUUCCUAAAUUUUGUUUGUGAGUAAUGCUGGGAUGGAGAAGAGAAGUAAAAGAAUCACUCUGUGACGUACUGGAGCGUCUGCGCUGGUGAUUCAGGACUAAAACAAAGAUCCUGCACCGGGUUUCCCUCCUGGACCUCAACACUCAGCUAAGGCUACGAUCACAUAGCAGGUGAUGCAACCCAGAUCCAACGUUUUCACCCAAAAAAUCUGAUUUGUGCAAUUUCCAUAACUAUAUCAGACACAUAUCUGAUUGUUUUUUGAUCUGCAGUCUGAACGAUCAUGAGUCACAAUCCUGCAUGUCACAAUGGUUGAAAACUAAAAUGAUAAACUUAUAGCAAAUCACAAUCCUAGUCAGACCACUCCAGCCUCUGAUGUCACAUCCGGACAGACAAGGGUUAGUCUAUAAAUUUACUAAAAUGUACAGAUUUUUUUGAAAUGGUACAUUUCUGAAAGAACACUUAGAGCAGUAAUUAAGCCAAAACUGAUCAAAAAUGCAUUUGGCAUUUAAGAUAAAGAAGAGCAACUUUUAUCUGUAAAUAUGUUUUACCCAGAACUCAAAUGGCCUAGCUGUAGCUUCACCUUGCUUAAAUUCUGUAUAAAAUAACUUCUGUAAAGCACAUUUUGUUAUCCAGUUAUUACCGGGUUAUAGUCAACAGAUCAGAUCACUGUGAUCUGAUCAUUGCUUAUAGUUUUUGUGUAAUCAAAACAGUUUUUUUUAAUUGACUACAGAAAAAAAUCUAAUGAUCUUGUGACAAUACUGUUGGCUCCCAUUGCUGAAUAAACUUUAAAAUCAAUAAAUGAUUUAUUAUUACUUCCUGAGUCAUUUUGUGAAUGUAAAUUGUUCACAUAGAAGUCUGACUGACAUUGUAAAAAAUCUAAAUUAAGCAUCAAGCCCUGCUGUGUGAACACAGCCUUAGUGUAAAAACUGGUUGUUUGGACCAAAUGUGUUAUGGUGUCUGGGAGUCGAUGUAUUGAUUAUAGAUUUUUAUGUACAGGCAAAGCUAAAUGUCUCCAAACAUUCUGUUGCUCUCUGUGAAAGACGGACAGUUUCUUUCUACUUGCCAAGCUGUGCCUGAAGCAUUUUACUCUAUCUCUGAUUAUUUAACUUAAAUCCAGAUGUUUUUGUUUAAACCUCCAGGAAAAUAAGAGGUCUAACUUUAUCAGUGCCAAACCGCUAAUUAAAAUGUUUAUUUCUCUUUAAGACCU